AUGACAAACCCCGCGCAGCCGUUCGACUCCAGACGGUCGACUAUUUAUAACCGUCAACCGGAAGAGCUUCACAUUCCGGCCGGAAACUCUACAUCAGGCGGUCAUCCGCGCCAGCCAAUGUCCCACGAAUACCCUACGAGCCCCGAUACACAUCUUCCAUCCAUAAACAUCCAUUCUUCAAGUUCCCAGUCUAACCAAUAUGGAGGCGCAAGCGGGGGCGUUACAGGAGGGACGCUUCCUGGCUCUCUCCAACCCGGCAAUUCUGCCAAUCGACCACCAACAGUAUCCAUGAAUACAGCCCCGUCCACAAUUCCAACGUUGCCUCAUUUAUCUACACAGAUCCAGCAACAACCUCAACCGCAGCCCCAGUCAACCACUCCGCGUUCCAAUGCGGCGAAUUCCCAUGGACACUCCAGGUCGAGCCCGGCAGGAUACAGGCCGCAUGGGUCGUCUCCGAAUGCUGCAUUCCAGCCGCCAACUCCCCAGGGCGCUAAAUACUCGCCUCUGGGCCUGGCUGAUAUUCGGCCUUCCGGGGAUCUUCUCGGUGAUCAUGCUACAAACGCGGGUGCAGCUGCUUCAAAAAGUGUCGAAAACCAGGUGCCUACAAACAGCAACUACAUUACCCCUUGGCCCAUCUAUGCUGUUGACUGGUGCAAGUGGCCGAUUUCAGGAAAUCCUGGUUCCUUUGGCGGAAAAAUCGCUCUGGGAAGCUAUCUAGAAGACCAUCAUAAUUAUAUACAAAUCCUGGACACUCACCUGGCAUAUCCCGACCCUGAUACUCCUGAUGCCAGUGCCGGGGAGCUUAAGCUGGAAUACGUGAAAUCCGCUGAGGCCACCCACUCAUAUCCUGUUACACGCAUUCUUUGGGAACCGCCGUCGUCCCAGAAGCAAUCCACUGACCUUCUAGCCACUUCUGGAGAUCAUCUCCGGUUAUGGUCAUUACCAAACUCGCAGCCUCAACACAGCUCUAACUCUAUCACACGUCCGUCAGGUCAGAGAGAUAUGCCUGCAGCUAAACUCUCGCCUCUGGCGUUGCUUUCCAAUUCGAAAUCGCCCGAGCAUACCGCUCCUAUUACAUCUCUGGACUGGAAUACGAUAUCUCCCAGCCUGAUUAUCACUUCCAGCAUCGACACAACUUGCACUAUCUGGGAUAUACCCACAUUGACGGCAAAGACGCAGCUCAUUGCACACGACAAGGAAGUGUACGACGUGCGUUUCUGCGCCAACAGCGUUGACGUUUUCGUCAGCUGUGGCGCUGAUGGAAGUGUGCGCAUGUUUGAUCUCCGGAGCCUGGAACACAGCACGAUCAUAUACGAGCCGACGGAGAAGAACGAGAAAUUGAUGAGCCCUGGCAAUGGAAGUCCCUCCGCACCAACUACCACUUGGCCCCCGCCACUGCUGCGCAUUUCCGCCUCGCCUCACGAUGCCCACCUUCUCGCGACAUUCUCCCAAGAUUCAAACAUAGUCCGAGUUCUCGACGUCCGGCAACCAGGCCAAGCUCUCCUCGAACUUAAGGGCCACUCAGCGCCCCUCAAUACCGUCGAAUGGUCUCCCAACCGGCGUGGUGUUCUUGCCUCCGGCGCAGAUGACUGCCUCGUUCUUCUCUGGGACCUCAUCAACCAGCACAAUACCACCCCCGUUCCACCCGGCGUCCACAACCCAGGUGCCCCCUCCACAACUACCGAACGUGGCCCCGCAGCUGCAUGGCAAUGUGACUACGAGAUCUCAAACAUCAGUUGGUCGCCGCAGGGAGGAACCACAAGUGCUGGUCACCCGCGCGAUUGGCUAGGUGUUUGUGGAGGGCGAGGGGUGUGGGGAGUUGCCUUAUAA